GGACUGCUGCUAGCAGGGGCGCGCCGCUGCUUUCACAAGAUUCUCCUGGGAAACGCAGUGCGCGCGACCUUUCCGUACGGCUUUCGCACCCGGCGCUCUCUCCGUGACGGGAUGGAGGGGGUGGGCGUUCCGUCCAGGGAGGACCCAGCCGCGGCCCCGGAAGCGCCUCUUCCAGGGUGGGCGGUGGAGCUGCCGGAGGAGGUGGCCGUGAUGCCUGCGGAGCUGGGCGGCUGACCACUGUGGCAGGAGCGGGCCACGGGGCCGAGUCUCAGCGGCCGCCGCUUGAGUGCUGCUUGCGCCAUGGCCACCUCCGCCGCUUCUUCCGAACAUUUCGAGAAACUGCACGAGAUCUUCCGCGGACUCCAUGAAGACCUGCGAGGGGUGCCAGAGCGGCUCCUAGGGACUGGAGGGACAGAGGAGAAGAAGAAAUUGAUCAGAGAUUUCGAUGAAAAGCAACAGGAAGCCAAUGAGACGCUGGCAGAGAUGGAAGAGGAACUGCGAUAUGCACCUCUGUCUUUCCGUAACCCUAUGAUGUCUAAGCUUCGAACCUACAGGAAGGACCUUGCCAAACUCCACCGGGAAGUGAGAAGCACCCCUCUGACAGCCACGCCUGGGGGCCGAGGAGACAUGAAGUACGGCACGUACGCUGUAGAGAAUGAGCACAUGAAUCAGCUGCAGUCUCAACGGGUGUUGCUUUUGCAAGGCACUGAGAGCCUGAACCGGGCCACCCAGAGUAUUGAGCGCUCUCAUCGAAUUGCCACAGAGACUGACCAGAUUGGCUCAGAAAUUAUAGAAGAGCUGGGGGAGCAACGUGAGCAGUUGGAACGCACCAAGAACAGACUGGUAAACACAAGUGAAAACCUGAGCAAAAGUCGAAAGAUUCUCCGGUCAAUGUCCAGAAAAGUGACAACCAACAAGCUACUACUUUCCAUCGUCAUCUUACUGGAGCUGGCCAUCCUGGGAGGCUUGGUUUAUUACAAAUUCUUUCGGAAGCAUUGAACUUCCUGCAAGGAAGGCUUUGUGGACCAGAACUUUGAGCUUGUGAAUGAAUGGUGGUAAAGAUGUGGAGUAAGCAUAUUGCUGCUGUGAGCUAACAGUUCAAGGAUGCACUGUGUAGCCAGACUGUGGGACGAGGGAGGGAAGACGGACAGCCAGUUAAAUGUGAAGGAACUGCAACGAAACCAGUGUGAUAUACCAAGGUAAUAAAUGCUGUUUAUGAUUUCUUUAAAUUUA